GUGCGAUUUGUUUUUCCCUUUGCUUUUGUGGUGUGGUUUUGCUUUUGCUGGGGGUAGUACGCUCGUGAGUUUGUUCUGGACGGAAGGAAGUUAAAUAUGGAGAUGAGUAAAACGAUUGGAAUUGCAGCCGGUGUCGCUGGAACGCUGUUCCUUGGCUAUUGCAUAUAUUUCGACCACAAACGCAGGAAGGAUCCGGAUUUCAAGAAAAAAUUGCGCGAAAGACGAAAGACCAAAAAGGCAGCAGCAUCGGCAGGGCCAAGGACAACAAUCCCUAACCUAACAGAUCACGAAGAAGUGCAGAGAUUCUUCCUGCAGGAGAUCCAAACCGGUGAAGCGCUCAUUGCAGCCGGCGAUAUCGAGAACGGUGUGGAACAUUUGGCUAAUGCAAUUAUCGUUUGUGGUCAGCCAACGCAACUGCUACAGGUCCUCCAGCAAACGCUACCAGCCCAGGUGUUCGCAUUGCUGAUCACACGCAUGCGACAGUACGGCAGCCAAUCGAGCGAGAACGAGCGGACCAAACUUCAGGACAUGAACGAUGAUCUGGAGUAAGGAAUAUGCCGCGCAUCACCACCGGCCGUCUAGUUGUGGGUCUUUGGAGUAGUUAAGACCGUCAAAACAAAAGCAAAAAAAGGGAAGAAAUAAGCGAGAAUGGGCGGCGACGUAUGCGAUGCAACAGUCGUAGGAACACCAACAGUCCUUUUUCAUCCUACCCCUUAAAUAUAAAACUGCCUAACCGGGAUUAAAGCAGCAGCAAUAUCGUCGUAAACUAAUCGAACAUUUGUUACGCAUCGCUAAUUGUCAUCAUCAUAACCCCCGGGGUUCAUCAGCUACCUGAGAAAAUUUCCUCGCUCGGAAACAAAACUACACGGACCUGGCAGGAUGAUCAGUGCGUUCUCUCGCUUGCGUCACGCUUUUUCCACUCAUUUCCGCUCGAUUCCAUCUUUGAGCAAGGGCGUAAAUUUGAAGCCUAUUCGUAGUAGAACAAAAUCAGCUUAGUUAUAAAGACAAAACAAACAAAUUAAGAACACAUAACAGAUACACACAUUAAAAGCAAGAGUAUCCUUAGUAUUCUUCGUCGUUUUGCAUAGAUAAACACGGAAGAAAAGCACGUGUUGUUUCUCGUUCUCCGUAUCGUAACAUCACAUGUAACAUCCUGUAACAACAAUGGAAACCCAUCAUUUCGAUUCAUGCAUUCAUUUUCAAUUCAAUCGAUAUUAAUGCCCCAUCGUAAAUGCAUUUUCACACAACUAAGAAAUGCAUUAUUUGUUAGCAUUUUAAAUGCGCCAAGUUCAGCAUUAAUUUGUGACCGUGUGCUUCCUAUUCCCAUACGAUCCUCAAGCAAAAUCUCUGCCCUAAGGAAUAAUGUACGCACACGUUCAUUCAUGCCAAAAAUAGAAAGGUGAAAAAGAAACACAACCAAGGCGUUAAUGCAAAAGCUCUGCUAUAAGAUGGUGGAAAACUGGAGUAGAGAAGGGAGAGAUUACAUACUCUAACGUUGGGCGAUGGAACGUUUUAAAAACGAACGCAAAGCUAACCACAAACCACUUUAGUGAAGGGUCGAAUGACUAACUUGUUGAAGCAGAUAAAUGAACUAUAUGAGCAACAGAUAGCUUUUCGAGAGAAUAAAGGAUAUCCAGUGUUAUUUCAUGAAA